UGCGCCCUCCCUCGCGACUGCGCAUGCGCAGAACACGUUGUAAACAAUGAGCCCGUUCCAGACCGUCUCCAGCUUUGUGUCUGUCCGACAGUCAUCUGUUCAAACUAACAGCGGCUUCGCCGUCGCGCAGUAAACAAGCAUGUUCCUCGGGAGCUGAAGCAUGGAGGAGGUUCUGAGCAGGCUGAGGGGGCUAAGUGCCGAUGAACUGCGCGAGGAGUUCGCCCGGGCGGACGUCAAGUGCGGCCCCAUCACCGCCAGCACUCGAGCCACCUUCGAGAGGAAGUUAGCGCGGGUCCUGACCGGGUCAGAGAGCGGUGUCACUGAAUCUGACAAUGGCUCUUCUGCCGGCGUCACCUCCGCAGUUGCGCCCACCAAUGCUGCAACGAGCAGCAGCAGCAGCAGCAGCCGCUCCGAGGCUGCCCGGGAAGAGUUGGACUUUGGCUAUGGAGUUGGUCUCAACCCUCCAGAGGAAGAGGAGAUCUCGGUGAAGACGACUGCCAACAGCUCUGCUGAGGGCAGCGACUGUCAGUCCAAAACGGAAACGCCUUCAAAGCUCGCACAAGUGUCCCCAACCUUUUAUUUUGGAGUAUGUCCACCGUGGGAGGAUGUUUUGGCUAGAAAUGAGCGAGCACAUGUAUACACGGACAAGAAAGACGCUCUUCAGGCUAUGAAGAUGAUGAAGGGAGCCCGCUUCAAAGGCUUUCCCCACCGCGAGGACGCUGAGAAGUUUGCCAUGGGGAUCUGCGACUACCUCCCCUCUCCCAGCAAAUCUGCCCCCUGUGUGUCUCCCGUCAAACCAGGCCUGGUCAUCAGUAAAGACAAUAUGGAGGUUGAUGCCAUCAACCGGGAGCGGGCCAACAGUUUCAAGAGCCCGCGCACGCAGGACCUGACUGCCAAACUGAGGAAAGCCGUGGAGAGGGGCGACGAGGUCGCCUUCAGCGAGCUGGUCUGGAGCAACCCACGCUAUCUCAUUGGCUCGGGGGAUAAUCCCACCAUUGUGCAGGAGGGCUGUCGCUACAACGUCAUGCACGUGGCGGCCAAGGAGAACCAGGCGGGAAUCGCCCAGCUGCUGCUGGACACCUUGGAGAACCCGGAGUUCAUGCGCCUCAUGUACCCAGACGACCAGGAGGCCAUGCUGCAGAAACGCGUCCGCUACAUUGUAGACCUUUACCUCAACACUCCUGAUAAGGCCGGGUUUGAAACACCACUUCACUUUGCCUGUAAGUUCGGGUGCCCAGAUGUGGUCAAUGUUCUGUGCUCGCACCCUGGCGUGGAUAAGAACUGUCGGAACAAGGAGGGCCAAAAGCCUUGUGAUCUGAUUUGUAGCAGAAAGAAUAAAACCCAGGAAGUGAAGCAGAAGAUAAGUGACUAUUUGGAGGAUCGCUGCUAUAUCCCUUUGUUGAGGGCAACCGAUAACACCUCUCAGCCCAUUAUCGGUGCCCCGUGGUCGCCAGAGACCUCAGAAAGUCUCUCGCUGAUCCAGCGGCACACGAGAAGCCCCAUGGAUCCAGUGAUGACCGUCACGGCCUUCGCCGGCCCACUGAGCCCGUCUAAAGCAGAUGACUUUCGCCGUUCCUGGAAGACGCCACCCAGGGACAGAGCGGACCUUUUCCACCACAUCCUCAAGUCCGAUCCGGACCGCGGGGCAGAGAGAGUGGGCAGGGACCUGGCUCGCGAGAUGGGUCACCCGUGGGCCGAGUACUGGGACUUCCUGGACAGUUUUGUGGACCUGUCCUCGGCCGAGGGGCUCCGAAAGCUGGAAGAGUACCUGGGCAAGAAGGACUUCAGCCCGUGGGCUCACGAGAAGACGGGGGAGAAUGAGACCAGCAACAGGUUCAAAAGCCCCUCACCAGGCAAGCCUAAGAAGUUCUGCAACUCCGUCUCAGUCGGGGCCUUCCUGGACGAGGGGGAGGACAUCAGCCUCGAGGAAAUGAAGAACCGGCAGAACGCAGCUCUCACCAGCAUCACCGCCUCCGCGUCCAAGGACGGCCUGAAGGGAGCGGUGGGCGGCCGCGAGUUCCACAUCCUGCCCAUUCCACUCCACCACUGUGGCGCCGCCCCCGUGAUAGAGACGGCGGCCGAGCAGGACUUGCUGUGCUGCUGCGACGAUGGCCUCCUGUCGCCAGGCGUCGCCUGCCAAAACGGGGCAUGCUCCUCCUCCAGAGACGGGACUCACAAUGGAGACAAGGUGUCCCCUCGCACCUCCCCUUCCUCCUGCCUGCUGUCGCCCAUCUCCAACCUCAUGGAGGUUGAGCGCAUGACACUGCAGGAGCCACUGGACAGCCACACCAGCUGCAGGGAGAGGAGGAGCAGUGGCGGCAGCCAGCACAGGGACGCCCGGGACUCCUCAGCCACAGACCUGAGCUCCGGGCUGAACCGCCUGUCUCUUGGCCACAGCGGUCAGGACGACGAGGCCCUGGAAGGUCCGAGCGGGAGGACAGAGGGAGGGGGUGCGGAGGAGAGGCGCAGCAGCGGCAGCUCGGAGGAGUACUUUGAAGCCGAGGAGAGCGUGGAGGCGCUUGGCAGGACUAGGGGGUCAGUGAUGGGGGGGCGCAACUUCUGCGCCCGGUCCAAGUCAUGGGACCACGGGGGCAGAGACCUGAGUAGCUCAGGGUCCUCUGGGUCUUCCUACAAGUCCUUGGAUAACUCCCACGAGUUCCUACCCAGGACUCCACCGCACAUAAGAAGAGGACUUUUCAUCAAUGGGGAUUCACCGAGCAAGCUGGACAGGGAGGUCAUGUCAGCAAUAGACGGCGUAGACGUCGACCCUCAGAAGUAUCCCAGCAUCAUCAAGUGGAAGAGCACAAUGACGUCGUACUCCGCAUCGGACAUGCAGAGCUGGCCCAGCCCCGCGGUGGUGAAACCACGACUCAGGAUGCCCCACCAGACCCCCGGCUCCCCGGUCAGCGACCUGAUGUCCCCCGGCGGUCGCUUCAGCCCCGCCCGGCACGCUGCCUCGCCGGACUUCAGCCCCAGCCGCUACAGCCCUGCCAAUGCUAGCUACAUCCAGCGCAUCCGCCUCAAGCACUUGAACGAGCCGCCGAUCUACCCCCCCUACCACUAAUGGCCAUACCCCCGUUAGCCCCCCCCC